AGUCUGGCCGGCUCCGUCCUCCCGUAGGCUCCGCUGUAGCUAGCAAUGUGACACCAGGACGCACUCGCUCUCGCGCGCUCUCCCAGGCUCGUUCUCCCUCGCCCUCUCUCUCUCACACACGCACGCACACACCCACCUCUCCCAUAAACACACACACACACAUGCACACCCACACCCACGCGCGCCCGCACCGCCCCACGCGCACACACUCCUGCCCACGCCCACGCAGCGCUCCGGGAAGUCCGGUCCGGGCGAGAGCGCGAAAGGAUACCGAGAAGCCACCCGCGGAGAGCGCAGCGGCGCCCUGGGACGCGGCGCUCUCCCGGCGCUGCUGCCUCGGCUUGGUCUCGGCCUGGGGGCCGCCGGCCGGCGAUGGCCCUGGAUUAUCUGCUACUGCUCCUCCUGGCAUCCGCAGUGGCUGCGAUGGAAGAAACGUUAAUGGACACCAGAACGGCUACUGCAGAGCUGGGCUGGACGGCCAAUCCUGCGUCAGGGUGGGAAGAAGUCAGUGGCUACGAUGAAAACCUGAACACCAUCCGCACCUACCAGGUGUGCAAUGUCUUCGAGCCCAACCAGAACAAUUGGCUGCUCACCACCUUCAUCAACCGGCGGGGGGCCCAUCGCAUCUACACAGAGAUGCGCUUCACUGUGAGAGACUGCAGCAGCCUCCCUAAUGUCCCAGGAUCCUGCAAGGAGACCUUCAACUUGUAUUACUAUGAGACUGACUCUGUCAUUGCCACCAAGAAGUCAGCCUUCUGGUCUGAGGCCCCCUACCUCAAAGUAGACACCAUUGCUGCAGAUGAGAGCUUCUCCCAGGUGGACUUUGGGGGAAGGCUGAUGAAGGUAAACACAGAAGUCAGGAGCUUUGGGCCUCUUACUCGGAAUGGUUUUUACCUCGCUUUUCAGGAUUAUGGAGCCUGUAUGUCUCUUCUUUCUGUCCGUGUCUUCUUCAAAAAGUGUCCCAGCAUUGUGCAAAAUUUUGCAGUGUUUCCAGAGACUAUGACAGGGGCAGAGAGCACAUCUCUGGUGAUUGCUCGGGGCACAUGCAUCCCCAACGCAGAGGAAGUGGACGUGCCCAUCAAACUCUACUGCAACGGGGAUGGGGAAUGGAUGGUGCCUAUUGGGCGAUGCACCUGCAAGCCUGGCUAUGAGCCUGAGAACAGCGUGGCAUGCAAGGCUUGCCCUGCAGGGACAUUCAAGGCCAGCCAGGAAGCUGAAGGCUGCUCCCACUGCCCCUCCAACAGCCGCUCCCCUGCAGAGGCAUCUCCCAUCUGCACCUGUCGGACCGGUUAUUACCGAGCGGACUUUGACCCUCCAGAAGUGGCAUGCACUAGCGUCCCAUCAGGUCCCCGCAAUGUUAUCUCCAUCGUCAAUGAGACGUCCAUCAUUCUGGAGUGGCACCCUCCAAGGGAGACAGGUGGGCGGGAUGAUGUGACCUACAACAUCAUCUGCAAAAAGUGCCGGGCAGACCGCCGGAGCUGCUCCCGCUGUGACGACAAUGUGGAGUUUGUGCCCAGGCAGCUGGGCCUGACGGAGUGCCGCGUCUCCAUCAGCAGCCUGUGGGCCCACACCCCCUACACCUUUGACAUCCAGGCCAUCAAUGGAGUCUCCAGCAAGAGUCCCUUCCCCCCACAGCACGUCUCUGUCAACAUCACCACAAACCAAGCCGCCCCCUCCACCGUUCCCAUCAUGCACCAAGUCAGUGCCACUAUGAGGAGCAUCACCUUGUCAUGGCCACAGCCGGAGCAGCCCAAUGGCAUCAUCCUGGACUAUGAGAUCCGGUACUAUGAGAAGGAACACAAUGAGUUCAACUCCUCCAUGGCCAGGAGUCAGACCAACACAGCAAGGAUUGAUGGGCUGCGGCCUGGCAUGGUAUAUGUGGUACAGGUGCGUGCCCGCACUGUUGCUGGCUACGGCAAGUUCAGUGGCAAGAUGUGCUUCCAGACUCUGACUGACGAUGAUUACAAGUCAGAGCUGAGGGAGCAGCUGCCCCUGAUUGCUGGCUCGGCAGCGGCCGGGGUCGUGUUCGUUGUGUCCUUGGUGGCCAUCUCUAUCGUCUGUAGCAGGAAACGGGCUUAUAGCAAAGAGGCUGUGUACAGCGAUAAGCUCCAGCAUUACAGCACAGGCCGAGGCUCCCCAGGGAUGAAGAUCUACAUUGACCCCUUCACUUAUGAGGAUCCCAACGAAGCUGUCCGGGAGUUUGCCAAGGAGAUUGAUGUAUCUUUUGUGAAAAUUGAAGAGGUCAUCGGAGCAGGGGAGUUUGGAGAAGUGUACAAGGGGCGUUUGAAACUGCCAGGCAAGAGGGAAAUCUACGUGGCCAUCAAGACCCUGAAGGCAGGGUACUCGGAGAAGCAGCGUCGGGACUUUCUGAGUGAGGCGAGCAUUAUGGGCCAGUUCGACCAUCCCAACAUCAUUCGCCUGGAGGGUGUGGUCACCAAGAGUCGGCCUGUCAUGAUCAUCACAGAGUUCAUGGAGAAUGGUGCAUUGGAUUCUUUCCUCAGGCAAAAUGACGGGCAGUUCACCGUGAUCCAGCUUGUGGGUAUGCUCAGGGGCAUCGCUGCUGGCAUGAAGUACCUGGCUGAGAUGAAUUAUGUGCAUCGGGACCUGGCUGCUAGGAACAUUCUGGUCAACAGUAACCUGGUGUGCAAGGUGUCCGACUUUGGCCUCUCCCGCUACCUCCAGGAUGACACCUCAGAUCCCACCUACACCAGCUCCUUGGGAGGGAAGAUCCCCGUGAGAUGGACAGCUCCAGAGGCCAUCGCCUACCGCAAGUUCACUUCAGCCAGCGACGUUUGGAGCUACGGGAUCGUCAUGUGGGAAGUCAUGUCAUUUGGAGAGAGACCCUAUUGGGAUAUGUCCAACCAAGAUGUCAUCAAUGCCAUCGAGCAGGACUACCGGCUGCCCCCACCCAUGGACUGUCCAGCUGCUCUACACCAGCUCAUGCUGGACUGUUGGCAGAAGGACCGGAACAGCCGGCCCCGGUUUGCAGAGAUUGUCAACACCCUAGAUAAGAUGAUCCGGAACCCGGCAAGUCUCAAGACUGUGGCAACCAUCACCGCCGUGCCUUCCCAGCCCCUGCUCGACCGCUCCAUCCCAGACUUCACGGCCUUUACCACCGUGGAUGACUGGCUCAGCGCCAUCAAAAUGGUCCAGUACAGGGACAGCUUCCUCACUGCUGGCUUCACCUCCCUCCAGCUGGUCACCCAGAUGACAUCAGAAGACCUCCUGAGAAUAGGCAUCACCUUGGCAGGCCAUCAGAAGAAGAUCCUGAACAGCAUUCAUUCUAUGAGGGUCCAGAUGAGUCAGUCACCAACGGCAAUGGCAUGAGAACUCUUGUUUCUUGGGGAAGGAGAGGAGGGAAAAGGACCAGGGUCAAGGGGGACCAGAGGUUGACCACUGUGGAAUGUACUGGAGAGACUGGCUUCUCAGCUGAGGAAUGCAUUUCCAUCAGUGAAGAAUCAACCGGACCUGUUGCUAGCAGGCAAUCUCCAUUUCUCAGUGACAGAAGCAUGUUUGAGAUGCCGUGGGAAACCAAAUAUAUAAUAAAAAUAUAAAAAGGUGAUGUUCAACAGAAGUGAAGACAAAACAAUAUGCAUCAGGAGAACAAGAGUAAACCCAGCUCCCACUCUCAGUGGGCUGGAGUUGCCCAACCACAGGAAGAAAGGGAAGGAGGUAGAGGGAAGAAACAGAAGCAGUGUUCCAUUUUCUUCCUCACCAAUGACAUUCUUUUCUUUUCUCCUUUUGUACUCCUCCCUGAGAGUCCCCUCCCUUCUCCCACACUCGUUUCCCUUUGCUCAUGACUCCUGUAGGGAAGUUUCUUCAAACAAAACCCAGCUCCUGAGUCUCCAGAUGUUGUUCUGUCAGUUGCCAAAGGACUUUGCUGACCACUGCAUGGGGAUCCAACCAAUUCAAUUAAUGUCUUCAUAUUGAAGAAGAGAUGUACCUUCAAUUGAAAACCUCGUUUUUCUUUUGUUUGCAUUUUCUGCAAAAAGGAAAAAGAAACCACAAAUUGGGGAAAAAAAAAGAAGAAAAACCUGUUUCCGUGUGCAAAAGCACACAUAUGUAUGUCUGUGUUAUAAAAUGACUGUGCUUGUUCGUAACAGAUGCAAACAAGAAAGAAGAACUGGGAAGUCUUUGUCCCUAGGAAAUCCAAAGGGGCUGGAAUGUGGUGUUGGUUUGGCUUUCUGGUUGGCCCAAUCGGCCUAUUGGCUCAAUGGGAAGAGAGGAGAGGGAGAAAAAUAAAAUGAAAGGAAAAAAAAAGUUUGCAAAUUCAGACAGGAAACAGGUGAGUAGUUUGAAUUGGAUGCAGUGUGGGCCAUCCUGGAAUGAUACUGACUGAUUAAUUAUUCCUGAUAACAUCUGAAGAAAAGGAGAAGGAAAGUGUUUCUGGAGAAUGUUCUUUCACAUCACUGGAAUCUGCAAUUCAAGAAGUGACAAGGGAGAAUUCUUGCUUUACCUAUGGACUGGCUUAAGCCAUGUGGCAUCCGAGGAAUGUUUCAAAUGUGUCUGUGUUUCUCUUUACAUUCCUUAUUGUACCUCAUUGUUCAAUUCACUUUUGUAAAUUCCACCUAACAUUUAAUUAUUUUUAAUUUCUCCUUUUACCUUAAUCUCCUUGCUAAUUUUAUCUGUCUAAUUAAAAAGAGCAGAAGCAUGUCUGGGUUUACGUAAAA